AUGUUUGUAUGGUUUAAAAACGAUAAUUGUCACCCAGACCCAGAUUUCGAUGGGCUUAAUGUAGAUAUUGACUCAAUUGCCACCAGCAACAAGCCUGCAAGUUUACAGAUUAUUUGUAUGGAAAUU